AUGGAGGACCGCGAAUCAAGCCCAGCGUCGUCGGUCGACUUCUACGGCUCUGAUGCGAAUCCUCCCCAGGCGACGCCUGCGCAGAGCGACGCGCCUGCCGCAAAGCGCAAGGCAGAGGAUGCGCCCCAUGAGCGUGAAAAGAAGCGCAAGCUCAGCAGCGCGAAGCCGCUCGUGAAGCUACCACCCGAGUUGUGGCAGCAUGUUUUCUCUUUUUGUUCGCUUGCAGAUCUCGGUCGAUUGAUCCAGGUCAAUCGAUCUUUCCUAUCCUAUCUCACAGACGUGCGCAGUUUGUCGACUUCAAAGUCGCAUCCUGGCCGUCUGCAUCUCCUAAAGUCCGAGUCGUUGUGGGCCUCUGCCCGCAACGCAAUGUGUACCAAGCCCCCGAAGCCGCUCCCUGGCUUCAGCGAGCUGCGCAUGUGGCAGCUGGCUUGGUCCAGGAGAUGUCAGUUCUGCAACAAGCUUGAUUCUCUGACUCCAGGCGAGCGCAUAUGGCAAAAGGGCCCCGGCAAAGAAGGUGUCCGCGUCAUUUGGCCCUUCGCCAUCAGAGCCUGCGGGCCGUGCCUGCUCAAACAAUGCCAGACCGACGCGAGCCUUCUCUUCUCGGCUGCCUCCGCCCUGCGGCCCGCCCUCCCGUUCGCCCUCCUCACCAGCGACCAGCACUACAUUCCGGCAUACACCCUGCAAUCUGCGAAUACACCCGCCGACAUCGACAUUGCCAAGUUCUACUACAAGAAGCAUGUCGAGGAAAUCACGCAGGAGAUGAACGAGGCCAUCAGCCGUGGCCCUGCAGCAGCUGAGGAGUGGUCCAAAGGACUCGAUGCUCGCGGAAAAGAACGCAUGAAAGUCGCCGAGAACUGGGAACGCUGGGAGGUCAAGAACCUGUGGCUGGAGGAGCACGAGCGUGCGAAGCGCGCUCCAUCUGCAGCUCCCUCGCAUGCCGCCACGUCACACAAGGACCCGUCCAAAUCACCCCCUCGUCGAACUCCCUCUCCCAUAAUUCAUGCUCCGGUUCCAGCGAGUAAGUAUACCUCUGCUGUCUCAUUUGCUGCCACACAUGGCGAUGCCUCUCGAUAUGUCAACAACACCUCUCCAGUCCCCUCCCUAACAGGUGUAGCACCAUCGUCGCAGCAUGCGCAAGCGCGACCGCCUACUGUUCCACCACAGGCUUUCACCCCUUCUGGCCAGAGAAACCUACACGAUGCAAACGAGGCCAAGGCGACCCGGAAAACCGACAUAGAACGCCGAUGUCAGCAAAUGGACCCUCCUAUCGCUCCCAACGUCUUGCGCCACAUGGACUCGUUCAAAGCGGCUAUCCAGAUUUCACAGCCAAUGAACGACUAUGCAUGGAGUGUGCUCCAACCCCGCUUGAUCGCUCAGCUCCCUGCUGCCCAACAAGCAGAAGCCGACCACGUGGCUCGGGCUGCUUCGUUUCCCACAAAAGCUGCCGACCGCCGCCACACGGACGCCAAUUCCAAGGAGGCCAGGGAAGUCAUGGACCGAGAGUGGGAAGAGUCGCAACGACCCAUCCGCGACAGACUCGAAGCCAUCGCCGACGACUUCAUUAAUCAGAGCUGGGACCAUGGCAGCGCCGUCACUUACGACAACAGCCCAAAGUUUGCGGCCGACCUCCUUGCUCACGUGCGCCGCACAUACUAUGCCGAGGAACCCGAACAGGACUCUGAUCAUCCCGGGCAACAUACGCAGCCUUCUACUGACAAUAUAACUACUAGGCCCAGGCUCGUCCUGGAUAACAUGAAAUGGGUGUACGACAACAAGAUCAAGCCUUUGACAGAACCAUUCCGGAAGGACAUCUUCCUGUGCCAUGGCGGCGGAUGCGAAUACAACAACAAGUACUAUGGUUUCGAGGGCGUCACGCAGCACUACGGAGCCAAACAUACUGCUGCCUUCAGUUCAGGAAACGUGGUUGUUGCAUGGAGAGAAGCCGAGUGGCCGGAGGAGACUCCCUUCCACCCAGAUCCUCUCUCUGUGAAGCAACCUCAACAUGGUCAUCAUCCCUCUUCUAGUACGAACGGGUUCGGUGGCUAUUUUGGCGGAUACUCACGCGCAGGGACAUCAACACCUCACAUGCCAACUCACCAUCCACAGGCGAGCCCUGGUCCUUACAACUAUGGAGGCCAGUACAAUGGACCAUUCGCUCCACCACAGGUUCCUUCUGGCUUCGAAUACCCCCAGCCAUAUGCGACACCAGUGGAUAUGUAUGCACAUCAAGCAAUGGGUCCUCCAGGUUAUGGUGCUCAUGCGGCCCAAAACCCUUACCUGACUUCUCCAGCGAUGAUCAACAAUGCCAUAGCUCCACCACCACCCAACAUGCCACCACCUAGCCAAGGAAUUCCUGAGAUCGCUCCUAGCGGUACAGAAGAUACUGGCCAGAGUACUAGCUCGUUUGACAAGCAAGUAAGUACCGUCAUCGACAUGACCCAAGACAUCUGGAAACGCACCUCGGGGAUCAAAGACAUGCCGAAUAGCCUCCGGAUCUAUGUUCUGCUGCAUCGCGUCAUCUCCAAGUUUCAUGUAGAGUUCAAUCAUGAACCGAACCUGAACCACUUCAUUGAUGCUCUGUCUAAUCAUGAGAUGCCAAAGGCUUUGAAGAAUGCACCAGGUCUCUCAUGCAAAGCUUGUCAGACGGGCGCUUCGCAUAACUUGGGAGGUUCCUAUUACUCCAAGUCGGAGGAAAGAACAACCUAUACUGUCCUCGGCCUGUUAUCGCACUUCAGGAGCCAGCAUCUGCCUUUUCAGCAACCAAUGCCUGGCCACGGAAUGCCUAUUGCCCCUCUGGACUGGAAGGAACACAUGAUCGAGCUUCCAAGCGAACGGUUCAUUUCUGGUCUCAUACACGCCCCAGGCAUGGAUGACGAGAAGCUGCUAAUGAUAGCGACCGUCUUUCCCAGCUUGUUUCCUAUGCCACUGCCUAAGAUCGGCGUGAUUGAUAGCCAUGGAUUAGCUUCUCCAGCCUCGUCAGGACCGAAGGAUUCAGACAAAACGACUGGUGCAGCCGAUGUUGCUGGUGAGGGAAUAGCACGCCCCAACUCUGUUAUGAAAGUAGCAGAAGCAAAUUCGGCGCUACCACCUAAACCGCUGGAGGCUGGUUAUGAGCCUGUUCGACCAAGCCUUGCCGGCGAAUCGAAUGAGGCGUCGGGCUCCAUGAACAGGAAACGUUCAUAUCGAGAAAGCUCCCCCGCAGAGCGUAGGCAGCACCAUUAUGCUGAGCCGCGAUACUAUCUGCCGAGGGAUCACCUUGAUGACGGCUAUCACCGCCCCCGGGAGUAUGUGGAGUACGCCCCCAGCCCAAGGAUCAUCCAUGCAGGUCCUACAUAUGAGGAUUACACCGGCCGCCGAACAGCGUUCCGCGAGCAAGAGCGAUUCUAUGGACCACCCGAGGACGUGGUCUACGCACAUCCGCGGGAAGGAAGCCACGGCAAUCGGGAAUACAGUGCCUAUCCCCGCCAGGCUCGAUACUAUGAAGAAGAUGAUCAUCGGCCCGAAUACCGGUUCAUGAACGAGCGUCAGUCAAGGGAUGCCAGUCCACCUCAGGGGCAAUCUGCAGCAGAUCGGUUCCUGGCAGAGAACGAACCCCCACAACCACAGCCACAGUCCGAAAAGCUCCUGCACCAGCAGAUGCAACAGCACCUGUUCGCCCACUUGCGCCCCCACAUCCUCGAGCUCCUUCCACUGUUUCCAACAACUCCCGAUAUGACGACUAUCAACCUAACGGGUAUCGGAUGCCAAUGUCUGGACCAAGCGGUCCGCCACGAAGGGCUGGACCUCAACGCCGAAGAGAUCGGCCUAACGAUAACCGGGGACCGUCUCGAUAUCAGCGAUACAUGA